AAAGUGAAGAAUUUUCUAUCGAAGCACAAUUAAUAAACUAUAGAAAUCGCAAUUAAGCGCAAUCGAAUUUAUUAAAAAAUAACAGUUUCUUGCUAUUGACGGGGAACUUUAUAGAUUGCACGACGUAAAUUAGCGCCGGUUUCUCCGCGUCACGCAGCGAUUUCUAGUCGCGGUUUCUACCAGGACCACACUCUACGUUCCAUGGGUCAAUCCGAUGGGUUUCUCGGCCAACACACCAUCGUGCACACAGUGCCUUAAGGUCUGUGCCAUCAGUCUGAUGGAGAACGCAGUGCGCAGCCGGCACCGACGGUUCUGUCAAAACCCCCCACCAAUCCUGGCGAGCACUGGUACAACCGCCACCGCCGCCACCUCCAUUGGCACUCCACCUCCAGCUCUCUCUCUCGUUCUCUCGCUCGUUCCUUCUCCCCUUUAACACCGCCGUCCACCACCAUCGGCCACCACCACCAUCCACCAUGGAAACCGACUGGUGCGCAUUCUGACUUCAGUCUGGCAGACGGUCUCAACCUGUCCAGGUCGACGUAGGCAGGUGUCGAGCAGAGAGCGAGCUACAAUCUACCGGUCGUUGUUGCCAGCCGCGUUCGUCGUCGCGUCGCGUCGGAUUCUUCCGUCCAUCGUGGAUACCCUGAGACCGGCUCGAGGCCACGGUGUCGUAUCGAGAGGACAGAGGGUGACGACGAAGCGGAGCCCGGAGCAUCGCGAGCGGGAGUGCCCGCGUCGACAGGGUCGCGUUGGCGGGGCCCGGCCGGGAUUUAUGGAACCACCCCAUGGAUAGUAACAUGUCAACCGCCGCCUUCAUGCAUCGGUCGGGUGGCACAUCCAGCGCGUCAAGUGCUGGCACGGGAUCGUCGACCGGCGGAGGUCCUGGGAAUCCGGCAGGAGGCGGUAGGAUGGCCGUCAUCGGCGUGACCAGGAAUGUACGUCUGAGGCGACGCGGUAACGCCGGCUUCGGUUUCUCAUUACGGGGUGGACGCGAAUACGCCGCCGGAUUCUACGUCAGUGACGUCCAACCGGGUGGCGAGGCUCACAGAAACGGAUUGAGGGUAGGCGACCAGAUCCUGAGGGUAAACGGUUACCCAGUGGAGGACGCCGUCCACCAGGAGGUCGCGCUCCUGGCGAAGAAUCAGCAAGUCCUGGUUCUCAAAAUUCGAAGCGUCGGGAUGAUACCUGUAAAAGACAAUCCAAACGAUCCGGUUACCUGGCACAUGGUGCAGCAACAGCAACAGCAGUUACAAUACAACGAAAGUGGUAUAGGCGGUGUACCGAGCUCAGAAGUCCGAAUUCGGAUACUCGUCGGCGAGAAGGGACGCUUGGGCUGCGGCGUCUGCAGAGGCAUCGUACCUGGUCUCACCGUUCAGGGCACGAGGGAGGGCGGUCCCGCGCGAGCGGCGGGCCUGAAGGCCGGCGACGUGAUAAUCUGGUGCAACGGGCAGCGGCUCACCGAUCUUCCGUUCGAGCGGGCCAUCGAGGUGAUGCGCAGCUCGGCGAUCCUCGACCUCGUGGUGCAACGACCCACGUCCCCCAGUCAUCUUUACGACUGUCCCGAGCCGCUGUGGACCCGCGGCUCCAGCGGCUACGAUUCCGAGACGUCCAGCGUGGCGGCCGCGAGCCCGCCGCCCCAGCAUCAGAACAACCCGUCGUCCUCGCCGCAGCAUCACCACCACGACGGCAGGAUGCAUCAGCGGUAUCCGCGCGACGACGCCUGCAACAGAAACGGCAGGAUAUGCUGCCCCCUCGCCCUGUCGACCACCAGCUGCAGUUCCUCCUCGGAGUGGCCGCACGUGGAUCAGGCGCCGGAAUGGUCGCGUAAACCGAAUAACACAACCGUGAUUCGUGUUAAUCAGAGCUCGAACCAGAACCAGAAUCACCGGCCUAUACCGGGUGGGCAGUAUCACUUCAAUCCGCGCGGCAAUUACGACGAUGACAUCGACAACGAGCCGCUUUACGAUCCCGUGGCGCCCAGGAUCGACUACGAGGUGCAUGAUUUCGAUGCGAAUCCACGGGACGAGGCCAAUCGCCGGCUGGCCUAUCGGCGAGAUAACGCGAGGCAGCAGGACGUGAUUUAUGACGGGCCCGCGGACGACCUGCCCAUGUACCAUGGCUCCAAAGAGAACGGCCAGGCGGUCGGCAAUCGAUUGACGGACCUGCAACUCAUGCAGCGACAGAGCGAGGCCGAGAGGAAGACGGUAACGACCGUAGAGGUGCAUCAGUCGGUCUGUCCACCUGCACCUCCGCCGCCGCUUCCUUACAAAUGGCCAGCAGAGAAUCGUCCGCGUCUAACGUUUCGUAAUACCGUCACAAGUCACCGUUACUUCGUCAUCGCUACAGAGACCAAGCCAAUGAACGCCAUGGGCAUGCAAAUGGGCAGCACCAUGUCGAUGGGCAGCACCGGCUCGACGGAGACCGAGUCGAGCCUCGAGUCGUCCUGCAGCAAGGAUUCCGCGUCGACGUCGUCGUCCCUGUCGACGUCGUCGUCCUGCGAGCCGGCGUCCACCGUUUCUUACGGCUCGGCGGCGACCGGCAAGACGACGGACACCUCGACGACGGCCACGUACGCGACGCCGCGCAAGGACGUCGCCAAGACCUCGCCGAUCGCGAGCACCGAUCUGAGCACCGCCAUCACGCAGGAAUUGCAGAGGCGAGCGCAGCAGAGGUUAAACAAUGCCGCUAAAGCGGAAGCGCCAAAGGAAAAAGCUCCGGAUAAUCGCAAGCCGCAGAAUCCCGAAGCUCUAAGGUCGCAGGAGCAAAAAGUCACACACGAUAAGCUGAUGGAGGAAUUUAAGCGUGCACACCAAAAGAUGUUCAAUUCUGCUCAGCAAAAGGCGCAGGCUUCGGAACAGGUUUCCAAAGAUGUUCAAGAAAAGGAACAGGAGAAGAGGACGCUCAACGAGACAACGACGACGGCGACGGUGACAACGACAACAGCGGGACCUCCGGUGCCGCCGCCGGCGCCUCCGCUUCCGUUUCCUUCUAAAAACCGGAACACCGACGAGUCAGUAGAGAUGCAGAGUAUCGAGUCGUUCAAGCUGAAGGAGACGCCCAACACAGUGCCGAAGCCACCGCCGACGUACUUUCCAGUGACGAGCCCGUCCUCAACGAGCGGUAGUCCGCGACACGUUGGUACCGGAAGCAAGGUCCCCAAGGACGCCGCGACGAGCCCCGUCGCGGAGCUCGCGAAGAGCAUGUCCGCGUCGGUCUCGCCGACCAACGGCCCUCAAUCUUCGAAACUACCCGGCGGCAAAGUGGCCAUCAGAAUAGGGUCGUACGAGGGUGAGACGAAGCAGCCAUCCAGACUGGAGUUCUUGCCGCAGCAGCCGGGCCGUGACAAGAAUGGCAUCGCCGACGAGACGGACAACGGCCCGGUCGUCUCCAGGCUGCAGAACGAGCUCGCCGCGACUCUGCAAAGGUCGAACCUCAGAAAAAAGACUGAAGGCGAAAAUCAGUCGCCUGUGAAGACUAUUCACGAGAACAUAACAACGUCCAACAACGAAACAACGAACUCAGAGCCGAAUAAGCUUUUGCAGAGCAACAUCGAGAAGCUCGCUUCCGCUCUGAGCAACAAAGUCACCAUCAAAGUGAAUCCGGAGAACAGUAGUCGAUAAGAAUGCAGUUAAGUCGAGAAAAGACGUAGCAACAAUCAUCUUGCAUCUUCGUAAAUUUUGUACAUUUUUGCACGUUUCGCUAACCAUUCCGACUUAAUUAUAUAUAAGUGAAAAGGCGCUCCUCCUAUUGGUGAGGUUCUUUUACACGUACGUGUUUUUAUAUCUUAUUUAUUAUCGUAUUAUACACCGAGCGAGUAAAAAGAGCUAAUUCUUAUUAAUCGAGAUGAGGUUUAACGACCAGUAUUUAUCACGUAGUCUUUUGAAUGUAAUCUACUACGAUCGCGGCUAUGUAUGAAUCUUAACGGAAAAUUCGACGAAAUGUUGAAUUUUUAAAUAAAACCGACGACACGUAAAA